UCGGCGCAUGUGCGCUGGCCUGGGGCCGGGAGGAGCCGCGGCUUCUUCCGUUCAUGCGCAGCGCCAGCCCUUGUCCUAGACCCGUGCUACUCCGUCAAUUGGGCAGCAAGGUUCCGAAACAGAGGGGGGCGAUUUACCGAAGAGCAUCAGAGGCGGGAGGCACGCCAGACCCCCGCAAGCGUGCGCGUGCAUGCGUCCCCGGGCCCGCUGUCGGCGCAGCCACGCGAUCUGACCCUUCCCGCGGCCCGUAGCGCGGCGGCCGCGCAGCGCGGAAGGCUCAGCCGACCCGGUCGCUAUGGAACCAGACGGGACCUACGAGCCCGGCUUCGUGGGGAUUCGAUUCUGCCAGGAAUGUAAUAACAUGCUGUACCCCAAGGAGGACAAGGAGAACCGCAUCCUGCUGUACGCGUGCCGCAAUUGCGAUUACCAGCAGGAAGCCGACAACAGCUGCAUAUACGUCAACAAAAUCACGCACGAAGUGGACGAGCUGACCCAGAUCAUCGCCGACGUGUCGCAGGACCCCACGUUGCCGCGGACGGAGGACCACCCUUGCCAGAAGUGCGGCCACAAGGAGGCUGUGUUCUUCCAGUCGCACAGUGCCCGAGCCGAGGACGCCAUGCGCCUGUACUACGUCUGCACCGCCCCACACUGCGGCCACCGCUGGACUGAAUGAGCUUUCCUCCUCCCCCGCCGAUAAUAAACACCGCGUUCUACA